UGAAGGUAUUUCAAGCACUAGCAUACACUUCUUUGUGUUCUAUAUUUCGGUGAACCACCAGUCAGUAAACAAAAGGCUGAUUUUUACACGUAUAGAUGGAAAUAUAAGAUUAACUGAAAGCUGAGGGGACCAAAGGUCGGAUUUUCUGUGCAUGGACGCAAAGCCAAUGCGCAGGGGUACCAGCGCUCGCCCAGACACCACCGGAAUGGACAUCACCAGUCGUUGCACCCUGGGUGACCCCAACAAGCUGCCCGAGGGCGUGCCCCAGCCGGCGCGCAUGCCCUACGUGUCGGACAAGCACCCGCGCCAGACCCUGGAGGUCAUCAACCUGCUGCGCAAGCACCGCGAGCUGUGCGACGUGGUGCUGGUGGUGGGCGCCAAGAAGAUCUACGCCCACCGCGUCAUCCUGUCGGCCUGCAGCCCCUACUUCCGCGCCAUGUUCACCGGCGAGCUGGCCGAGAGCCGGCAGACGGAGGUGGUGAUCCGCGACAUCGACGAGCGCGCCAUGGAGCUGCUCAUCGACUUCGCCUACACGUCGCAGGUGACGGUGGAGGAGGGCAACGUGCAGACGCUGCUGCCGGCCGCCUGCCUGCUGCAGCUGGCCGAGAUCCAGGAGGCGUGCUGCGAGUUCCUCAAGCGGCAGCUGGACCCCUCCAACUGCCUGGGCAUCCGCGCCUUCGCCGACACGCACUCCUGCAGGGAGCUGCUGCGCAUCGCCGACAAGUUCACGCAGCACAACUUCCAGGAGGUGAUGGAGAGCGAGGAGUUCAUGCUUCUCCCGGCCAACCAGCUGAUUGACAUCAUCUCCAGCGACGAGCUGAACGUCCGCAGCGAAGAGCAGGUGUUCAACGCCGUCAUGGCCUGGGUCAAGUACAGCAUCCAGGAGCGCCGGCCGCAGCUGCCACAGGUCCUACAGCAUGUUCGUCUGCCUCUCCUGAGCCCGAAAUUCCUGGUGGGGACCGUGGGGUCAGACCCCCUGAUCAAGAGCGACGAGGAAUGCAGAGACCUGGUUGAUGAAGCCAAGAACUACCUCCUCCUUCCUCAAGAGCGCCCCCUAAUGCAAGGGCCACGAACACGCCCCCGCAAGCCCAUCCGAUGUGGAGAGGUGCUGUUUGCAGUCGGAGGGUGGUGCAGCGGUGACGCCAUCUCCAGCGUGGAGCGCUACGACCCGCAGACAAACGAGUGGCGCAUGGUGGCCUCCAUGAGCAAGAGGCGGUGUGGCGUGGGCGUCAGCGUGCUGGACGACCUCCUGUACGCCGUCGGGGGUCACGACGGCUCCUCCUAUCUCAACAGCGUGGAGAGGUAUGACCCCAAGACGAACCAGUGGAGCAGCGAUGUGGCCCCCACCAGCACCUGCAGGACCAGUGUCGGGGUGGCAGUCCUUGGGGGAUACCUGUAUGCAGUCGGGGGACAGGAUGGAGUCUCGUGUCUCAACAUCGUGGAAAGAUAUGACCCCAAGGAGAACAAGUGGACGCGAGUGGCCUCCAUGAGCACCAGGCGGCUGGGCGUGGCCGUUGCUGUGCUGGGGGGCUUUCUGUAUGCAGUGGGGGGCUCGGACGGAACCUCACCUCUCAACACGGUGGAGAGGUACAACCCCCAGGAGAACCGCUGGCACACAGUGGCGCCCAUGGGCACCCGCAGGAAGCACCUGGGCUGCGCCGUCUACCAGGACAUGAUCUACUCGGUGGGCGGCCGCGACGACACCACCGAGCUCAGCAGCGCCGAGCGCUACAACCCCAGGACCAACCAGUGGUCCCCGGUGGUUGCCAUGACGUCCAGACGGAGCGGGGUUGGACUAGCGGUUGUUAAUGGACAGCUGAUGGCAGUCGGAGGCUUUGACGGCACAACGUACCUGAAAACAAUAGAGGUCUAUGAUCCUGACGCUAACACGUGGAGACUCUACGGUGGAAUGAACUAUCGAAGGCUAGGAGGGGGCGUAGGGGUUAUCAAAAUGACGCACUGUGAAUCGCAUAUAUGGUAACUCCCCACACCGCGCCACGUAGCUUGUGCUUCCUCCAAAGACAUUGUGCAUCAUGCAAGAAACGUUAAGACUUUAUACUGUAACCCUCCAUGGCGAUCCGGCCGGCGCGCCAUGGAAACGCACGGGGAGCCCCCGUCUGAGCGGCUACCGUCGCCUCUGCUGUGGUCAGAGGGCGCCCAUGUUUGGGAAUUUCCCAUCAUUCCUCAGCAUCUCUGGGACUUGUAGUUCAUCUCCACCCUCGCUGCCUGCGGCUGAGAGGAACCCCUUCACUCUCGAUGCGUCGUCAGACGCACCACGAACACCACCGGCCCCUGGCUCCGGCUGUGGAUGCCUCCGCUCCCAUUACGCAUAGGUUCACCCAGGCCCAUCGAUCACCGUGCUUCUGCACACGGCUCGGAACUGCUCGGAGGACCGUGGCGCAUUGCCCAGCGUUUUAACGCACACCCUCGUGCGGAGCGAAAAAGAAACCCCCGUGAGAGUCUUCAAAUCGGACACAUGAAGAGGCCCGCCGCGACCUGGCUGCUUCAGUUACUGUGUUCCCCUUCACUUUACUGGAUUCUCAUAGAAGCUGGCUGCAUUACAGUUAACCGGACUCUCAUAGGAGUUGGGUGCACUACAGUUAUUGCUAAUUAGAUUCUUUUUUUUAAUUAUUAUUUUCCUUUUUUCGGUUGUAUGCUGUGCACUAUCCGGGGGAGGGGGGGGACUGUUCACCAAUGGGAAGAGGCACGUUGGUCUAAGUAACACAGGUAGCUGCGUUUAGGUACUUUAGUGCUCUUCAAAUGUUGUCUUCUGUAGACAACACAUGCCUUUCACUACCGGGACGGUGCAGUUCUUCUGCUGAGGGCUGCACGAAAGUGGCUGAGAAGUGUUCUUAGAGACAAACCUGUCAGUUUCUCUCUCUCUCUCGGUUUAUUUUAAAAAGGUAUCACACGUUCAUGAAGCUAUUAAAUGUCCAUUAAAGUUGAAAUAGUGUUUUCUUCCUCCCCUCCGAGAAUAAGUUGGUGCACUUUAUCACCAGUUUAGGAAUCAAAUGUAAGAGAUGAGAACCACGACAAGCUUGCGGGUUCAGAAAAACGAACGAUGGGUUUCUUGUUUUCAGAAAGCAAAGGGUAUGUAAAUUGUAUAUUUUGGAUGUGUUUUAUCAUGGGAAUGUCAAAGUUCAGCACUCUUGGUGCCCUGUAAUAUUACAUCUUUUAAGUUUGGGCAUUGGCAUUUUGGCAGGACAAAAGGUGUUAGACAUUUAAAUAAUAGAUCCAUCUGUCAAGCUCCUGAUGCAAAUACAAGUAGAGCAAUGCAUUUGUGGAUGCACUAGGAUUGGAACUGUUCAAAUUGUGACUGCCAGUGAUACAAGUGCUAUUUCUGAGAAGUGUAUUGCCGGCUGUUUGCUUGGCUCUGACAGGCAUUACAUCCAGAUUACUUGAAAUGAUAACUGGUUAUUUGUGUCAGUAAGAUGCAAUCCUAUAUGAUACUGCAAAUGUGGGCUAAUCUAUGAACUCCAAGUCAUUUACCAUUAACUGUGCGGUGACUGAAAUAGAGUCGUGUUUGAUUUAAAUGCUUUGUAGUGUAAACUAUUGCCCAGUUUGGCCCAAAACUUUCCACUGCUACCUGUGGCAUGUUUCUUUGCAGGCUUAUCGCUGGUUCCAGUGGUCAAGUUUUACUUCAGCCUCUUGUUUGAAAUGACAGAUGCUGAAACGUUUACAACAUGUCCCUUGAUAUUUUAUGACACCAGACAAUGAAUUUAUCCUUUCAGUACACACCAGUCACAGUUGUCUGGCUGUACUAGAAUUUUAUUUUACUAGUGAAGUCAGAUCUACGCCCACAGGAGAGGAAAGCAGAGCCAGUGAUUGAGCAGGAAGAUGGUAAAUGAUAUGGCCUCAGCUCCCAUUGGGCAGGAGCAGCAGGAAGAGGAGCAGGC